CUAAGACUUGCCUCAUGCGAGGCGAGCGAAGGAGGAAGCUUUAAAGGGCGGGGGUAGUAAAACGAAUUCCUCGAGAAUCGUCUGGGCUUUGUGAGGCUGCGAAACGAACAACUCUUAACGUUUAAAUUGAAAGAUCCCCUCCCCUCUCGCCACUAAGAAGCAGGCACGUAGGAUUUCUGUCGCUGAGUCAUGGCAGACAGAAGACCAGAGAAGUCAUGUGACCAAGCAUGUGAAUCACUCAAACAGCAGGAAUACGAAGUGGCGGUGAAGCACUGUACAGAAGCCCUUUUUUCCCUCAGCCAGUACCCUCCCACUCACUUCUCAGAAGCAUGUCAGGCUGAAAUCGACUGCAUCAAAAUUGAAAGUCUUCUCUAUAGAAUCGCUUCUUCUUUACAACUCAAAAACUAUGGAAAGGCAGAUGAAGACUGUAGGCAUGUAUUGGGAGAAGGACUGGACAGGGAAGGGGACACUUUCCGUGCAGUGCUUGGCUGCGUGCAUCUUAAAGGGAAGCUACAGGCUGUUUCUAACGCUCUUUCUAACUCACUGAUGGGUGAAUCACUGCAGAAUGGGAUGGUAACUAAAGAUCUGACAAGGCUGAAAAACCUUCUUGUUGAAACAGAGGCAGCAGUUUGUAAAAUACCCUCAGUACAUCAUGUGGAAGAGGUGGAAGAAGGAUGUCAGGAUGGCUGGCAGUUUCGCCCCCCACCCCGGGGAGUCACAAGUAGUGAAGAAUACACAUUAUGCAAAAGAUUUUUAGAGCAAGGAAUUUGCAGAUAUGGUGCACAGUGUACUUCAGCACAUUCCCAGGAAGAGCUGACUGAAUGGCAGAAACGAUAUGCUUCCCGCUUGAUAAGGUUAAAACAACAGAAAGAAAACAAGCAAUGUUUGGGAAGUUAUAUGGAAUCCUUGAUUGAAAAAUGGAUGAAUUCAUUAUCUCCUGAGAAAGUGCUUAGUGAAUAUCUAGAUGGAGUGAGAGUUGAACAUAACCCUGAACUGUCAGUUACUGUCACCACCAAAAAAUCACAUCAGAUGUGGACGUUUGCUCUUACAUGUAAGCCUGCAAGAAUGCUGUAUCGAGUGGCAUUGCUUUACGAUGCACACCGUCCUCAUUUUAGUAUCAUGGCAAUAUCUGCUGGAGACAGCACUACCCAAAUAAUACAAGAAGUCCCAGAAACCUGCCAGGAAUGGGUAGGAGGAAAGAUGGCCCAGAAUGGAACAGAUCAUUCAGUGUACAAAAUCAGUAUAGCUUUUAGUACAGAAAUCUUUGGGACAUUUCGUCAAACUGUGGUAUUUGAUUUUGGGACUGAACCAGUUUUGAUGCAACGAGUGAUGAUUGAUGCUGCUUCAACAGAAGACCUGGAAUACCGGAUGAAUGCACGGCAGCAACUGUUAACUACGGCCAAGCGUUGGGAUUCCACUUCCAAGACUAUUGUAGAAUUUGAGCCAAAUGAGACUACUGAAUUGGAUAAGAGCCUUCUGAUCAGAUAUCAAAUUCCUCUGUCUGCUGACCAGCUAUUUACACAGUCUGUCUUGGAUAAAUCAUUGACCAAGAGUAAUUAUCAGUCACGACUACAUGAUCUCCUUUAUAUUGAAGAAAUAGCACAGUAUAAAGAAGUCAGCAAGUUUAACAUCAAAGUACAAUUGCAGAUAGUAGCAAGCUUCAUGCUUACUGGUGUUUCUGGGGGUGCAAAGUAUGCCCAAAAUGGACAACUUUUUGGACGGUUUAAACUCACUGAAACCCUUUCUGAAGAUACUUUGGCAGGGCGACUGGUGAUGACCAAAGUCAAUGCUGUUUAUUUAUUGCCGAUCACUAAAGAGAAGUCAGGACUGACCCAAGGAACCAAAGAGAAAGUGUAUGAAGCCGUAAUUGAAGAAAAAACAAAGGAAUAUAUCUUUCUGAGAAUAUCCAGGGACUGCUGUGAAGAGCUGAACCUUCGAGCAGAUUGUGAAAUGCAGGUAUGUUGGAGUAAAAUCUUUUUCAGAUGCUUUUAAUUCUUUCUACAUUUGGAGUCUUGGUGACCUAAGUCCCAACAUAGAUAUCUGCAUGGUAUAUCUGAAACUAAUACAACAUUUUAAAGGGAGAUCUGAAGACAA